UCACUAUGACAAUUUGAAAAUUAGACUUUCAUCGCAUUUCAUCAAUUAAAUCGAACAUUAAUAUAAUAUUAAAUACGUUUAACACAAUCGUAUUUUAUUUUGUAACUGAAUUUCAACACAGUAGAAGUAAAAUGUAAACUACACAAAUAUGUCAGGAAAAGGCGCAAAGAAAAAUAAGUCGCGGGAUACUUUCAAGUCCAAGUCAACCGAUUUUGAAGAUUAUGACCUAGAUUUACGUUUAGUGACCUUUAGUUUGUAUUUAAAAGGGGAACACCCGGGUGCUGGUGAUUGUACGUUCCUUAUAUAUUUCGAUGAUGAAUUUUUACUGGGAGAAAAAUGGGAAAACGGACAUACGAUUGAUUCGAUUGUUUUACCAUUAAAUAUAGAAGAAAAUGCAACUGAUCAAGAAAUAAUUGUUGAUCGGCCACUUAUAUUUUUGCUUCGAGGAAGUUCAGGAAAACCGUCAAAAGACCAGGACCCCUUUCUUAAUACUGAUAAUAAAGCAGGAGGAAACGUAGACUUAUAUCCAAUAGUAUUAGGAGAGAAAGAGAUAAACGUAAAAGUGCCGCUUUUGAUUAUUAAUUCAGGUAUUCCAUCGGGUUGUACAGUUGACGUACAUGUGAGUUAUAACGGCUCUAUAAACAAUGAUAAAAUACCUUUAACACUAACGAUGGUUGCAGCACAUUGCCUACCACCAUUGAGAGACGGCACAGCCUUUAUCAGCGGCAUAGGUCUCGAUGCUGUCCAUGAUCCAAUAGCCUUAAAAUUUGGUAUGUCAUUGAGCGCGUCUUCAGCUACUAAAAUUGUAUGGGGAAACGCCAGCAACGCAGGCCACGCCGCCGAUACAGAGAUAAAUGUGCCAAGCGAAGACAUGUUUGUUCCUAACGAUUUAAGUAUUGGUAAAUCCGAUAAUUCAGUGCAUUGGAAUGCUAUGAGGCGCGUUCUGGUGGAUUCUACAUUACUACAGGAGAGAUUAAACAAUGUUUUCUAUGUUGAGAUAGCUGGAGUUCCGAAAAGUGGCAAAAUUGAAGUACGAGGUCGAUACGUUGCGUUGGUGGAUGCUGGUGUUUUACUCCAGCCAGGACAAUUCGGAGUAACUGUGUGUGCAAAGCUUAUAUUUUAUAAUGCUGAUAUUUUACCUGAAUCUGUACAUACAAUUUUAGAUCUACCGCCAACCAGUGCCCGUGGCCCCGCACAUGAAAAUGAACGUGUUACUGACGAGCACGGUCGUGAUGCUUACAUAGUUAUUCGAAUGGAUUUAAUUGAACCACUUGUUCCGAAAGCGAAAAUUACAUCUCUUUUCGAUUUAAUCGGUUUUCCUCCUCCUACUGGACUUAAAGUAGCCGAAGAUUCGUUGAAAAUAGUAUCUCCGCCAGAAGAGCCGCCUUUAGACAAACGGCGCAUUUCUAAAGAAGGUGGCGCAUUAUCUGUGCAUAAGGAGCUAAGUAAUAUGGCUUACAAAUGCACGCUUCAAAUGAAUAAGAGUAUUAAAAGAACAGCAGCUAAUCGUCUUUUAUUACGUGUGAGGACGAUGCUGAAGCAAUUUACACCGAUGGAAUGUUCCGAGUUGGAUUAUCAAGAUAUGAUAACUAGUCAACAUUCAGCAGCUCGCAGAGCCGUAACAUCUUCGUUUGCUCCACAGCCCCCCAAGCUUCGCCCUUCGCCUGGACUAGUAGCCGCUAGAUGUCGGGCCAUAGGAGAUUCUAGAAUAUCAAAUGAGCAUAUCGAAAGGAACCUCAAAAUUAGCCCUACUCAUCCUAGAGUCCUUUUAUCAAAAGUUUUACGCUGUCUCGAACAGAGGAACGAAUCUGACGCAUAUAAUUAUUUAACAGUAGCUUUAAAUGUUCAUUCUAAGAACAGAUAUUUACUAUGGACAUACGGAGGUAUACAAUUUGAUAAAGGUCCUGAAGCAAUUGAAGUAGCAACGGCCGCUUUUCGAAUUGCCGUUAAAGGCGACAAAUCGGACGGUACCACCAGCGCCAUUGGUUGGGCCGCACUGCACGCGUUGCAUCACUAUCAUGGGAACGAGUGUCCAGCUUUUGUUGCAGUUAAAAAAAUGAGAAAAUCCUUUGCGCUACCUGUAGAGUGGAAGCGAUGCCUAAAAAGAUGGAUAGAUUCAAGUGGAGAAGAGGAGGCAUGUUGGAUUCCUAGUAUUAUAGAUUCUCGGAAUCCUUUCUUGAUCGCUGCAGCUUUCUUUUUAUGUUUAAGAUGCUUUAAACUUACUGAAAGAAUUCUCCAAUGUGUUGACGAUGGCUGCUUUGAACACGGUGCAAAAGAUAUCGCAAAAGAGAAACCGGGUCCUGGAACAUAUUAUGUGAGAGCAGCGUCUCUGCUUUUGCGGCUUCAUAUGGAUUUAGCCCUGGAAGUCGUUGAGAAAGGGAUACGCCGGUUCGGGCCUUGUGCUAUACUUUCUCAAAUACGAGCAACUUGUUUGGGUUUCGCUAGAGGUUGGGAUGGUAAAUGUGAAAAAGCUUUGUUAGAAGCCGAUAACGACGGGUCUGAACCUUGUGCUGGAUUACUUCUCCGAGCAGCGAUAGGCGGAUGGAAAACUGAUAUAACGGCAUCCUUGCAGAGAGCUGCUAGAGCACAUAAAAUUGCUCCAUCGGCGUAUUCAGCGCUAAUUUUAGGAAGAAUUUACGGAAAACUAAGGGAAGAAAAGUUAGCUGAGCGUUGGGCUGCAGCUGCUGUGAAGGUUGAACCUCUUUUGUCCGACGGUUGGGCGUUUCUGGGAUUACUGGCCAUGUAUAAACGAGACGUUGAUAAAGCAAGGGCUUUGUUUCGUACCGCAAAAGAAGCAGGACCUAUAAGUGCAGAUAUCCUUGCUGAGAUAGAAAAGGUGAAGAAAGUAGUAAAGGUUGAAUUAUUGCCGGAGAUAAUGACUAAAGAUUUGUGUCUUUGUGAUUAUUAUUAAAAAUCCUAAAUAAAUCCUAAAUCCUUUUCAUCUUAUGUUGGUUAAAAUGUAUUACUUUAUCAUAGC